CACGGCUUGGCGCCGUUGCGCGGCGAUGAAGAGAUCUCCCCCGGUUUUGCGUGCGAAUGCACGCGUCCCGGUGUUUUGGUGCUCUUCGAACUCCGACGAUAGUCACUUUUAAAAAGGACCGCAUAAGCGGCUAACGUUAUUUAUUUUCCCAAUUAUUCACCGUCGGCGUAUGUUCGAUAAACGGAUGUUAAUGUCUAAAUAUUUAUUGUUAUCCAGUUCACGUCGGUGAGACAUGCGGCCCCCGAGAAAGUUCGUUCAGCCAUUUCAUCAUAAUACGCGAAAAUGUGACCCGCAUUGUCAAUAUUUAUCGACGACGCGCGGAGUAUAUAUGUUGCCGUGCAACACGUGUAGUUGUUUGUCUCUGUGUUAUUUCAAGUAUUGACAAUUCUUCAAUAUUCAUCAGCGUUUGAUGAAAAUUGAUAAUUUAUCGCACAACUUGUAGCUCGAUAAAUAUUGAUAAUCCCAAGGAUUUUUUUUGGUUUAACUUUGACUACGGGGACAAGAGCGCUUUCUUGUUGUGUUUUCGUGCAAAUAUCGCCGGAGGGAGUCUUUGUGUUUUCGCAUCCGCAGGUGCGGCUCCGCGGUGCGCAGGUGCACGCGUACGCGCGGGUCCUUGGAUGCAUGUGAGCGAUGGUAAGAUGAAUGAGGCGAUACGCCCGCAAAUGACAAAUGCGCCGCGGCAUAUCCAAUUACGAGAAAUCGAAAGGUAUACGGGAAUAAUGCGUCUUAAUAAUAGCACUUUCUGUAUCGCGUUCAUCGUCCAAGGGACUAUUUUAGCGUCGAUGUGUAUCUUCGAUUCUGAAACAGGCCAUUAGUAAUAACAAUCCCAAUAUAUCGAAAUAAACGAAUCGUGAUUUUCCGAAGUAUACUUGACACACAAUGGGGUUAAAAUUAUAAGAACACGGUAACGCUCUAUUACACGCUCUUUAAACAUGCUUUAUGCAAGCAGCGCUAUAUAUCCUCCGGACUUCGACUUCGUUAGUUCGUUCGCGAGAGCUAAUAAUUACAUGCAAAAUUGUUUAACUUACGCCCGAUCAAUUAUGUAUGCAUAAUAAUUCUGGUUACGUUGCACAUGCAAACAUUCGCCUAACUUGGAGAGUGUGUGUGUAUGUGACUUGUUGCCCGUCCUACAUUUUAAUCGGAACCUGUAUAGCGCGAUUCGAUGAACGCAGACAAUGCGUCGGAAGAUCAAGGAAUUCCCUCCCGCGAAGGCCGGUGAAUCAGAAGCGAGAAAACAAAGAAGCCUUGGGGCGGAAAGAAUGCAUUCUCGCUUCGAUUCGCUUAGUUAAAUCUUUUCAUAUCUUAGUACAAUCUUCGUUACUCACGCAAAAAUCUUGUUCUAUUUUGCAAUCUCGUUUCUCGCAAAAUUCAUCAAUUCGCAAACACGGUUGAGGAUUAAUUUAAUAUGAAUUGCUAAUUUAAUAGACAUGACACGCUGUAACAUGUAAUGCGAUCCCGCGGAAAAUCUUAUAAGAUUUUAAUGUACUUAGAGAAUUGCACGUUUUCCGAAUCAAAAAAUGGCUCUCCUCUUUAUAUUCUUGAGAAAAAGAGGGUAUGGAUAGAUAUGUAUAUAUGUUAAAUCGAGCAAAUGCAAACGCGCUAUACAAGCCUAUCUUCAGACAGCUGUGUUGAUAGUGCAUCGAUCGUAACUCAAGGGGUUACGCGAGUUCGAACGAACCAGGAUAAGCACAUGUUGUUACGCGAGUUGUUAUUCGUCGUCAAAAAUCCACAAGCGUAUGUUCGCGCUUCGCAAAAACGAAUCGAGAGCACUGAUACCCGUUUCCUAGGUGAAGCCUAAGCAGGAAAGUCGGAGGGAGUUUCAUGAAUAAUUGAAGAACGGAGAACACGGGAUUAUCAUAAUGCGUGAAUGACGCCGAGGAAAAUCCUCAUCAAGAAGCUGUGCAGCAGUGUCUUUGCGCCUGUUUUUGGGACGACAACUGCACAGAGAUGGGUUGUUGCGGUUGUGCGGACGAGCCUUCGUCCAAAGUGGAACCCACGACACCUGAUAAUCAAGACUCACCGUCGAACUAUUCAGAGCAAAUAUUCGUAAAGGAUCGAUCAUGCACCGAUAUUCUGGCCGUGAUCGUCCUACUCGUUCUGGCGGGUGGUUUCGCCUUCAUGAUGACGAAUGUGGCGAAGAAGGGUGACAUUUACCGCGUGAUAUAUGGAUACGACGAUUGCGGAAAUGUCUGCGGCCGCGUAACUUCGCGCGAAAUCGAUCCGAAAUUCCAGUGUAAGGGUAGUGAUCACACCAAAAAACCGUACCUCGAGAUAGACAUCGAAGCGAACGGAGUGAAGAAACGUACGUGCGUGGCGAAUUGCACAGUGGACGAGACCAAAAUAUUAUUUCUGAAUCGCUGUAUGCACAAAAAGGUGACAGAAACUAUCAAUUCCAUAAUAAGGACACUUCGUUUGGACAGCUUUUACAAUGACGCAGUUACUGAUCUGGGGAUUGCAUGGCGCGAAUUGAUUUACCUUCUGCUCAUAGCUUUGGCACUUUCUCUCGGUAUCCUGGUGGCCUUCCGCUAUAUGGUACAAUAUGUCAUUUAUAUCGUAUUGAUCGGCGCAGUUUUGGCUUGCAUCGGCGGCACAACGUAUCUCUGGCUAGCAUGGUAUCGCGAGAAGAAGAGCCUGGAAAGGGGCGAAAUCUAUCCCGAGGAUUCCAGCGUGGAGCCCUACUUCAUCUACGCUAUUAUUAUGUCGGUCGUUGCUGUCAUCGUACUCUUGGUAAUUCUGGUGAUGAGAAAGAGAAUCGAGCUGGUCAUGCAGCUUUUCCGGGAGGCGGGUAAAGCCGUGUAUUCCAUGCCGGCAUUGCUGUUUCAGCCGAUUUACACGUAUCUGCUGAUCGGGUCUACGGUAGUGGCGUGGGUCUAUUGUAUGCUGUGGAUCGAGAGCGCCGGUGAUAUUUACUUGAAUAAGAAAAAUCACAUUCAUUUCAAGAAGGAUGGGUUACUCAUUGCAACAAGGUGGUACAAUCUGUUUUUAUUCUUCGUGGCGUGUGAAUUCUAUUUGGGUUGCCAACAUAUGGUCGUCGCUUGUGCUGUUGCUCGAUGGUUCUUUACAAGGGACAAAAGACGUCUGUCUUUACCAGUGGCAAAAGGCUUUGGUUAUCUUAUAAGAUAUCACAUGGGUACCGUGGCUUUCGGCGCUUUGAUAAUAGGCAUUGUUAGAGUGAUCAGAGCCAUGCUCUCCUUCGUCCAAAAACACUUGAAACAAUACGACAACGCUUUCGUGAAAGGAAUACUAUGGUGUUGCCAAUGCUGCCUCUGGUGUUUCGAGUGUGCUUUAAAAUUCCUCACUAGGAAUGCUUACAUCGAAACAGCCAUAUACGGAUGCAACUUUUGCACGGGCGGAAGAAAGGCGUUCCAAGCGUUGUCCAGCAACAUUCUGCGAGUAGCGGCGAUCAACAGCGUCGGCGACUUCGUCCUCUUUCUGGGUAAAGUCCUCGUCGUUACUCUUACGGUCGUUUCGGGGAUUUAUUUGAUGCAGGUACAGAAGAAGGAAGGACUUAAUCAUCCAUGGAUACCAAUCACUCUCGCGGGGAUAUUUGCAUUCCUAGUCGCGCAUUGUUUCAUAUCCAUUUAUGAGAUGAUAAUUGACACGAUAUUCAUAUGCUUCUGCGAGGAUUGCGAGAAGAAUGACGGUAUCAACCGACCUUAUUUCAUGAGCCGCGGUUUGAUGGAAUUCGUGGAGAACAGCAAGAAAGCUCUACGACAGUUGGAACAGCAAGGCGCUGCGGCCAUAUAACAAGCGGAACUAUUUAAUUUUUUUUUAAAUACAUAAUUUCGAAAAUUCGAUACUCGGCCAGUGAAACGUGCGGCAUACAAUGUAUGCGGAAGUUUUUCGUAGAACGUUAAUGAACGUUAUUUUAAUGUAUGGGUUUUCGAGAGGUAAUCGCGGAAUUGCAAAAGGAAUGUAAAUAGCUUCCUUUUGCAUUUCCGCACAACACAGCACAAUUAUCGAAGUCGUUCGAUACCAACGAAGUGUGAUGAAUCGUACACAAUCGGUUGUUUCGAUCGAAUCCGACGGACUGACUACAUUGCAAGGAAUGUUACGAAUCAUUCUAUUUUCGAAGUUCCUAUUUCUAAAAAUAUUUUUUAUAUGACAAGAUAGCUUUUUUCCAAUAUAAACUUAGUCGAGAUAGACUAGCGACGCUCGCACAACUGUUGCGAAUUACGCUGAUUUGGCAGCCUGAACUUACGACGUUGUACCCUCUUCGUACCGUCAGAGGUGGAUUAGCGAACAAAUUAAUUUAGAAGAUAUGCUUAUUCUCCAUGUUCUAGGGUAUAAGUUCAUACGCACAGUUUAUAUCGUUAUGAAUGUACGCGUUCUCUAUUGCUGUAAAUAUUUCUUUUUUAUAAAAAAAAGUGCCUACUACGAUAGAAUUCUUCGUUUUGAUACAAAUGCCGUGUAAGAUAAUAAGUAGACAAGAGAUAGAUAUACUAACGAUAUAUAUAAAUAUUGUACUAUUUCGAAAGAACAAGAUUAAUAUUAUAUUGUAUGUUAUAAACAAACAAAAUCUUCAAAUAGAAAAGUUUGACCUAAAUCUAA